AUGCGCUUCACGAUCGCACUCGGCUUACCAGCUCUAUUUACCCUUGGCGGUGCUCUGUCUGUUCCCUCCGACUUCGCAGCCACCAAACUUAAACGCCAGACACCGAGCAAUACGACAACGACGAAAUCCGUCGUGGCUCACCAUAUCGUCGGCAACACGUACCCGUACACCGUAUCAAAUUGGGCCAGCGACAUUGCUCUAGCGUCUGCACACGGUAUCGAUGGAUUUGCACUCAACAUCGGGCCAGAUUCAUGGCAAUCUGCUCGAGUCGCAGACGCUUAUACGGCAGCGAAGAAUGCUGGACCUAGUUUCAAGCUAUUUAUAUCAUUCGACAUGAGUGUUUUACCUUGCACGACGGCGGCAAACGCUGCUGCCUUGCGCAACUACAUAACGACUUACGCCAAUCAUCCCAACCAGCUGAAGUACAACGGGGGUGUGUUCGCAUCCACGUUCGCCGGCGAAUCUUGCACUUUUGGCCAGUCUUCCGUUGCCCUUGGGUGGCAGACGCAGUUCGUGCAGAUGCUCAACGGGAAUAAUACGGUCUACUUUGUCCCCUCGUUCUUCAUCGAUCCCGCGACGUUUAAGAAUUACAAUAAUUCGUUCAACGGACAGUUUAACUGGAACUCGGGAUGGCCUAUCUCUCUCACAACAUCUGUCGCAAACUCCCAACUCUCGUCGGCUGGAACCAGUCUCAACAACCUGAGCACCGCGGGGCAAAACAUUCUCAAGGGCUACAUCGGCUCCACCAGUAUUGACACGAACUACGUCAACAACCUCAAGGCGAUGCCGAGCAAUGGAAAGAGUCGCGCGUAUAUGGCCGCAGUUAGCCCGUGGUUCUUUACUCAUUAUAGUCCUCAAACUUACAACAAGAAUUUCGUCUAUGAUGGCGAUUGGCAUUUGUAUCCUACGCGCUGGCAAAACCUUGUCUCGAUCAGAAAUCAGGUCGACCUGGUUCAGAUUGUCACUUGGAAUGACUACGGAGAGUCGCACUAUAUCGGCCCCAUUGGGGGCGCUCAACCCAAUAGUCAGGCUUGGGUAAAUGGUUUUGACCACCAGGGCAAUCGUUGGCUCUACAUGACUCAAUACUUUGCGACCGCGUACAAGACCGGAUCGUACCCUGCUAUUACUAAGGACCAAAUUUUCCUUUGGGCUCGCCCACACACUCGUAAUGCUACAUCGUCCGAUUCCGUUGGGAAGCCCACCAACUACGAACUGGAUCAGGACCAGUUAUGGGCCGUUGUGUUCACCACAGCUGCCGCAAACGUUACCCUUUCUACAUCUGCGGCGAAGAACCAGACAUUUUCCGUGCCUGCGGGUCUGUCAAAACUCAACAUGCCCCUUACUGUAGGCGGAUAUAUGCAAGGCUCCAUUAUGCGGAAUGGUAAAUCUGUUGUUUCCUUGAAACCGUCCGGUUAUACGUUUACCGCCACGCCGUCGAGUUAUAAUUAUAAUGCUUUUGUUGCUUACUCGACGUAG